AGCCAGCGAGCGGAGCGCCGUGCCGGGGAAAUCAAAUUUGCAGUUUCCGAUUAAGUCAUGAGUUUUUCUCUUAAGCCGAUGCCGAUUCGCUUUCAGAUCCGGUGUAAUUUAAUGCAAUAGAUCCCCAACCGGCAUGCGCUCCCAAACCCAGCCAGGCAACAGAGAGAGAAAGAUCAUGUCGUCGUCGCAGCAGACGAUGCCGGGGCUGGAUCUGCCCUGCCUCGCCUUCCACGACUGCGACCGCUCGACGGUAGUAAUCAGCAUGCCCGACCAUAAGCGCAUCGCCGGCGGCGCCGAUGAGAUCCUCAAAGAAAAGAUCAUCUGCCCGACCGCGCAAGGCCUGCUGCUAGUCCGCGACCCAGACUCGAUGACCACCUUCCUGUUGAACCCUACCAACAACGACAAGGUUGAGCUCCCACCCCUGACAGAAGUCGACGACAUGGUGCUCAUCGACAGCCACUGCCUCCUCUCCGACGAGCCUGCCGCCCCCCACUGCGUAGUGCUGCUGGUCGAGGCCUCCGAGAACACCUUCAUCUGGUACUGCCGCCCCGGAGGUGAUCAAUGGAGCAAGUACGAAUACGACAUCGGCUCCCACGUCCUACCCUACCCUGAUGGGGAAGAGGACCGGAUCGAGAAGGAGGUCAUCUGCCCAAUCGCGGCGUGCCAGGGCAAGUUCUACUUCAACGCUAGAGCAACCGAGCUGCGGGUGCUCGACAUCAGCAGCCACGAGCCGGCGCUCGGCGCCAUCACGAUCGACGGCGCGGUGGCGGCCGACGGCAGCUACGGGUACGACGAGGAGCACGCCUUGAUUUUCCUCGUGGAAUCCGGCGGCGAGCUCUACAUGGUCCGUUUGCUCUCCGUCCCGUCGCACGAGGGCCGGGGUGAGAUCGGUAAGGUAGGCGUUCACAGGAUGGAUUUCGCAAGGCGGCGGUGGAGCAACGUGCAUGACCUUGGCGGCCGCGCGUUUCUUCUGUCCCGGUUCUAUUUCGGCGCAUCGUGCUCGGGUGACGACCGUGGGCUGCAGCCGGAUCGCGUCUACUUCGUGUGUCCUCGGACCAACACCCUGCAGGUGUUUGAUGUGCAAGAGGGAACUUACGAACUGCACAAACUCGAUCAGGAUCCUGCGGUAGACAAACCUUAA